UGAUGGUAUUCCUACUCCAGGACGCGUAGAAAUAUAUUUGGGCGAUUUUCACAGUCUAGAUACUUAGGUCAUACACUUCCACGACCGGGCCUUAAAUUACUCGCGAAGCAGACCAUUGAAUAAGGACAUUCUGUUGAAUGUUUUGGAAAUACAUUACCUCUGACAGAGGCUCGAUUGAUAUUACAUCAGGAUAAUAUUGUUACAAUAAGCUUGUGCAGUGCUGCUGAUCUGGAAAAUGUGGCUGGAAGUCUGGUGGUCACUGAUGGUUCAGGGCUUGAUUAUGCCCAGUACAUCACUCAUGCCACUGUGGCACAGAUGGCUCAGGUGGCAGAGACUGGAGAAAUGGUGGCCUUUGUGGAACAGCAUAUUAUUGAUCCACAGCAGGAGAACAUUGACCCCCAGCAGAAUAUUGAUGCCCAGAAUAUGGUGGAACAUGUGGUGUACGAACAGAUCCCAACUCAGCACAUUCUGGCCCUCCCCCAGUCUGAACCUCUCCACCCGAAAAAGGACAGUGUCAAACCACCUGUAGGCAAGGGUCCUUUCAAGUGUGAUACAUGUGAGAAAGUAUUUCCUAAGUGGAACCAGUAUCAACGCCAUCAAAAACUACAUGAUGAGGACAAGCCAUUUGCCUGUGCCCACUGUACUGCUUCAUUCAAUGUUGAGGACAAUCUGAUUCUUCAUGAGGCUACCCACGUUCAGAGUGGUGACCCAGUAUGUCCCGAGUGUGGCAAGAAGUUCUCACGUAUUGCCAGUCUCAAAGCACACAUCAUGUUACAUGAAAAGGAAGAAAAUCUCAUGUGUACUGAAUGUGGGGACGAAUUCAGUGUACAGAGUCAGUUAGACAAACACCUGGCAGAACAUCGACAGGAACAGGAGGGAAUCAAGACAUACCCAUGUCGACAAUGUACCCAGGAAUUCAACAAACCUGCCUUCCUCCGGGAGCACAUGAAACAGCACUACAAGAUCAAAUCAUCACUUGCUCACCGAGCCUACAAAAGGAACAUAGAUCGGUCCACAUUCCACUACAAGUGCCAACAUUGCGGGAAGACCUUCCAGAAACCCAGCCAGCUAGAACGACAUAACCGCAUCCACACAGGGGAGCGUCCUUACAAAUGUAGCCUGUGUAGCAAGGCUUUUAACCAGAAGGGAGCUCUCCGUAUCCACAUGACCAAACACACAGGAGAUCGACCUCACAUGUGUGAUUUCUGCCCAUCAACAUUUGCUCAAAAGGGAAACCUCAGGGCUCAUAUCAAGCGAGUUCAUACACUACCAAGGGACCAGGAAGAUAAGCCAGCAUUUCAGUGUGACGAGUGUAGCUGUGUGUUCAAAAAGCUAGGGAGUCUGAACGCUCAUAUCAGUCGUGCUCAUACAGAUGGCGGAGAGCCACCUACCCAAGUUGAGAUUGGCAGUUUGAAAGACAGCGGCCAUCGGACAGUUGAUGAGAAUGUCAUCAACCAGCUAUUGGGUCUGUCUGAGCAAACCAUAGAAACUUCUGUCUCGACCAACCAUCAGACAGGUGAUGGGUCAGUUACAGACGAUGAUCCCGACAAUCCACAGAGUUCAGACAUCCUACAACAAGCAUUGGAAAACAGUGGUCUACCUAGUGGUGCUGAGGUAGCUGUCGAGUCGACCGCUGCAGCAUCACAUGUAUUAACGGCUGUAGCUCCAGCAUCAAUGUCUAUAGCCAAUUCUACCCCGGCACCCAUCAUACAGACUGUCACCACCAUGAAUGUCCAGGACACAGCGACAGGCUCCAUUAAAAAACACAUCAUCAGAAAGAUCAAUGGCGUCCGGUGGCAUCAGUGUACCUACUGUACCAAAGAGUUUAAGAAGCCGAGUGACCUUGUGCGCCACAUCAGAAUCCACACCCAUGAGAAACCUUACAAGUGUACACAGUGUUUCCGAGCCUUCGCUGUCAAGAGUACCCUUACUGCUCACAUCAAAACUCACUCCGGUGUAAAGGACUUUAAAUGCCAUGUGUGUGACAAACUCUUUUCCACUCAAGGCAGCCUCAAAGUCCAUCUGAGGAUGCAUACAGGAGCCAAACCAUUUGACUGCCCUCAUUGUGACAAGAAAUUCCGCACCACUGCUCACAGGAAGAGUCACAUAGCCUCACAUUCCAAAGAUGAUGGGAUCAAGCGACCUCGACGGACAUUUAGACGAACAGCCAAGUCUGAUCUCUCACUGCCUGAUAUACCCAUGCAAGAACCUAUACUUAUAACAGAUACAGGUCUGAUUCAGCAGCCACCUAGGAACAACAUCAUCACCACAUACCUUGGUGAGGCUGGCAGUGUGGACAGACCCUACAAGUGUGGCUUCUGUCAACGAGGUUUUAAAAAGUCUAGUCAUCUCAAACAGCAUCUCAGGUCUCACACAGGUGAGAAGCCUUACAAAUGUGUACAGUGUAUGAGGUCGUUUGUCUCGAGUGGGGUCCUCAAGGCUCACAUUCGUACUCACACAGGUGUGAAAGCCUAUAAGUGUCCCCUGUGUGAUAGUAACUUCACCACUAACGGCAGUCUGAAGCGCCACAUGUCAACCCACAGCGAGGUCCGCCCAUUUAUGUGUCCCUACUGCCAAAAGACCUUCAAGACAUCUGUUAACUGUAAAAAACACAUGAAAACACACAGACAUGAGCUGGCUAUACAGGCUACUAUACAACAGGGAGGUAACUCUGGUGGUACAGACCACCUGGCAGAUGACAGUCCAGAAAACACGGACUCGGAAAUGAUGACCGAAACUCAGACUGCGGAGAUGAACCUGAACCACCAGGAAUUGACUGCUACGUCUAUGGCACAGCAGGAAAUCGGUCAGCAGGCAAUCCUUUCUCAGCCUAACAUACAGGAUGCCCUGAACACUGCCAGCCUCGAUCAACAGCUACAGCAGACUCUCAACCAACAGAUUUUUGGUCAGCAACAGACUUUCAGCCAAAGUUUAUUAGGACCUGGUCAGCAGAACUUCAAUCAACUGAAUAACCAGCUCAACGCUUACAAUCAGUCCCAGUUUGGUCUUCAGACUCAGCAGCUUCAGAACAACCUGGACAUAAAUAAUCCCUACACGGGAUACAACCAGUCUGUGACUUCUCUUACUUCUAGUCUUCCCAGUACCUCCAUGCAGAACAUUCUCCCCACAAAUGAUGGCCAGAUUCCAGAGGCACAGGAAGCUGACCCCACUGAGCAGGAACAGGCAGUGUCUGGGACUGACCAGCAUUAUGCUCUGAUACCUUUGGAUGACAUUAAGCGUGUGUACAAGUGUGACUUUUGUGACAAGUCCUUCAAGAAAUCCAGUCACCUUAAACAACACAUUCGCUCCCACACAGGUGAGAAGCCUUUUAAGUGUCUGACCUGUAAUCGAACAUUUGUGUCAGCUGGAGUCCUAAAAUCACAUUUGAAGACCCACCAAGGCAUGAAGGAGUUCCGUUGUCAUGUGUGCCAGGCCAUGUUCACUACCAAUGGUUCACUCACACGCCACAUGAACAUCCAUGUAAGCCAGCGUCCAUUUAAGUGUCCAUACUGCCAGGAAACCUUCAGGACUUCCUCCAUGUGUAAACGACACAUGCGACUCCAUAGGGAAGGUAAUGAAGAGGAUCAUACCAUACUGCCACGGAGGGCAAAGUCUGUGGUUCAUGUUACAGAUGAACAGACAGAGGAGUUGUCGCGGACUGCAGAAGAGGAAGAUCUCACCGUUUCAGAAAAAAUCUUACUGGAAUCGGCGACAGAAAAAACCCGUGUCAGCGAACCAAAGGAGAUUCGAGAAGAAACAUUAGAAAAAGGACCGAAGCAUGCUCACCAAUGUUCAUACUGUCAAAAAAGUUUCAAGAAGCCGAGUGAUUUAGUACGACACGUGAGGAUACACACAGGGGAAAAACCGUACAGUUGUGAAAUCUGCUCCCGUGGGUUCACCGUCAAGUCUACACUUGACAGUCACAUGAAAACUCAUAAUGCUAAUGACAAGCGGUUUAAAUGUCAUGUGUGUGCAUCCAUGUUUUCUACAAAAGGCAGUCUUAAGGUUCACAUGCGUCUACACACAGGAGCUAAACCUUUCAAGUGUUCACACUGCGACCAGCGCUUCCGCACGUCUGGUCAUCGUAAAAGUCAUGUGUUGACUCACAAUCCAGACCAGCCUAAGCGAAGGAAGGCCAUCACCCAGGUUGUUCCUGACGUUGAUAAUCAACAACAACAGAUCAACUUACUUAACGGAUCCGAUGUACAGAAUAUUGUUGUGACUAGUCAACCUAAUGUUGGUCAGGUGAUCAAUAUUGACCAAUCAAUGCUACAGGCCCAGAAUGUGUUACCGGUGUCACUGACCGUACAGGACAAUAUGGGUCAGCUAAAUGAAAGUGCGCUGGCUGCAAAUGUGUUACAAGGUCUCGAAGGAAUACAGCUUCAGUUUACAGGCAAUCUGGGACAAGGAAUUCAGAUUACAGGGCUCGACCCCAACAUCUUCUCUCAGACUGUACAGAUUGACACUAGCCUCAUACAACAGCUACAGAACCAGGGCAACGUUAACAUUACCAUUAAUCCUAAUAUCAUCACCCAGAGUGCACUACAAGCUGCUGAUCCAAACCUGGUACAGAACGUACAGAACAUCCAGAUACAGAAUGUACAGCCGGUAACAGUCCAGGAACAGAUCAAUCCAAAUGUUAUCAUACAGCCCAUGUCUACAAUAACAGUGCCCCAUAUAGAAAACCAGCAGCACCUGGCCAACAUACAGGGCUUGCAGGGAAUACAAAACAUACAGGGCCUUCAGGCUGCAGGGCUUGUACAAGGCCAGGUCACCAUGCAGGACGGCGCGCCAAAUUCCUUUGUUGUCACAGCUGAUGGAACUUUGGCCAAUGACCAACAGAUUACCGUCACACAAGGAGACUUACAAGUAUUACCAGAGGUAGACGACACGAACAUUGUCAAUGAAGAAGCUGAGGACGAACUAGAUGAGGAGGAGGAUAUUGAUGAGGAGGAAGAUGACAUUGGCGAUGCCGUUGGAAUUGUAGGAUCAGUAGAUGAAGAUAAUCCCAACCUUCCUGACAUUGAGGAGGAUGAGGAAGAAGAGGAUGGUCUGACCCAUGGUAGUGAAUCAGCUAACAUAAGUCUGAGUGAUGUGGCUGGUGGGGCAGGGCGUCAGCAUACAUGUACUGUUUGUAAUAAGAGUUAUAAGCGAGCCAGUCACUUGCGGGAACACAUGGUAAUACAUGACCCUUACGCAUCACCAAAGAGAAAUAAGUUUGCUCCUCAUCAUUGUGAUACAUGUGAGAAAUCAUUCCAGAAACCUAGUCAGCUGGCGAGGCAUAAACGCAUCCACACAGGUGAGAGACCUUUCAUAUGUGGGAUUUGCCACAAAGCUUUUAACCAGAAAAAUGCACUUCAGAUCCACUUGAAGCGCCAUAGUGGAGAAAAACCACACAAGUGUUCCUACUGUGAACUAGCAUUCACACAAAAGGGAAAUCUCAAAACUCACAUCAAACGUGCUCAUCAUAUGGAUAUGGUUCACUCCAUGAACUUACCUAAAGCAUUGAGUAUUGUGCCACCAGCUGGCGCCACUGUCAGCAUUAGUACAGAUGGGGAUGUCAACCAGGACUCAGGUCAUGAAGUCACCACAACACAAGAGGAAGAUGGAAUUAAUUUAGAGGAAGUGGCGGACUUAUUUCCUUGACGACCAGUAAACCAAUAGGUUAUUUGUUGUUCUGCUGAAAAAGUGGCUGUUGAUUCAGAAAGAGAACUGAUGUCUUUCUUGUGUGUAACUGCAAUGUAAUUUUUAAAUGUUAUUUUGAAUGUUCUGGUUUUUUUCCGGAUAAUUGAUUUUAUAUAGCUUUGAAUUUUCAUACUAAGGAACAUUCAAAUAUUUCCUUGGAUGACAAGUUCAUGUAUUAUAAAAUUGAACACUUGGGUUGUAAAAGAAUUAGGUUUUAAUUAGGAUUUAGAUAAAUUCCAUUACACACUCUAGGGACCAGAUUGAGAUGUGAGUUAAUACCCUGAGAUAACUCCUAGGCCCCUCCAGAAUAACGCGAUGAUGUAGGAGGGUUUUUCUGAAUCAGUUUCAAGUAUAUUGUGCUACACAAGUUUUAUUGUGCUAACUGCCUAACUGAGAAUUCCUAAGUUCAGUAUGUGAUAUGAGCUUGUGAUAAUUGAUGUUGUUGUGGUAAUAUGAUCAGUAUAAUACAAUACAAUACAAUACAAUGCAAUUCUUGUAUUGUAUUGUAUUAUGAUCAGUAUACUCUGAUGUUUAUAAUUAAACCCCCACCAAUACUACAAAGCAGGAACAGUUUGCACUUCCUGCCAUCUGUAUCCUAGUUCUACUAAAACAUUCUCUGAGGAAGUAAUAAUCACUGUGACCUAUUUGACGAUAAUAAUAGUUUUGUCAAUAUUGAGGUGUUGCAAAUAACCGUUAUUUGUAGUGAAAAAUGGCAAAAGAGAAAUAGUAUUUCUUCCAUUUACACAGCGUACUUUCUGAUCCAAAUAAAAGUGUACAGUUUGGUAAAUAUCUGUUUUUGGUGGGGGUAUAUGGAUUUCUAUUAAUAUGUUCCUUUGUUUAAAUUGAUCAGAUAAGAAAAAGAAAUCUCUGAAAUCCAUAAUGCCAAUCAAAUAAUUAUGAAAAUACUCGUAGGAAGAAUAAGUAUGAAUACUGUGUAUAAGUGUGCUAGAAUUUGUCAGAUCAAACUAUUGAGCAUUGUAUAGUAAUAUUUGGUAUGAAAAGUGGGUAUGUUGAAUGAAGAAGAUUGCUUGAUAUGAAUGUGAAUUUUUGUGGAAUAUUAUAAACAAAAUCUGUGGAUAAAGAAUUCCACAUUCCUUGUUAUUUUGUGAUGCGCAACAGUACUUGGCCAUAGAGAGGAGGUACUACUUAUAGGGGUCUAAAGUGUAAGUUCGGGAAUUCAUAUUUGAAAACUCAAUUAAGAUUACAAAUAAGUACAUGCUUGCGUAAUUGUGUGUUAACCCCAAAAAUUCAAACUUUUUUUUUGCUGAGAAAUUAAAAUGUUUUAUGAAAUUUUUAUUUCAACAUAUCAUUAUUUUAUGACAUGGUGCUGCAUAAAAAUGUUGGUGGUCUUAGACGUGUAGAGAUAGCUUUCAUGUCCUUGAACUACUUUGCAUGCCUGGACUAUUGAGGUUUAUGUGAUUGGGACAUUCCAGCCUCUUGUUUUUUUUAGAUUUCCCAGAAAUGUAUCGGUAAGCUGCAUUUGUCAGAUGGUGUUCAUUUCAUAAUUACAAACGGUAUAAACCAUUGUAUCAAAAUGUUGUUGGAUAUUUUUUCCAGGUUAUCCAGUAUAACAGUAGUGUGGUAAUUACUAUUGUUCUCUCACAUCUGUGUAUGUUAUGAUUAAUAGAAUCUUAUAAGUGAUAAAGAUCUGUUAGGUGGACAGGGAUAUCUCAUCCUGAGUGAAUGAAUUUAGCUGGUCAGCAUGAGACUUUCUGAGUGCUGGCCAGCCAAAAUCAUAGAACAGACCAAUAUUUGAUUAUUUUUCUUGCUUAUUUACAAAUUUUAUUUAGAAUAAACAUUAAAUCUUUGCCAAAAUCCAAAAAUCUCAUUAUUGAGAAGGGGAUAUGUCGUUCACAAUUGUAUGACAUUACAGAAACAAUACAGUGAUGUCACGUUGACAGUUCAUAAUGAUGUCAUAGUGCUUGUGUGAGAUAGAGUUAUCUUACCCCUAGCAACGAAAAGAUCAACCUUUGAUGAAUGUGAGAAACAUGUGUCAUGUAGGAAAUAUAACUCAAUCCCACAAAAGAGCCCCUUGAGACCCAUUAGUUCUCCAAUACAAUAUUUGGUCAUUGUACCAAUCUACUAGGUUUAUCUUUAGGAUGGAAAUGUCAGUUUUACUAGAUUCCCUGUUUACAGGUGGGAGAAAAACAGUCUUAUCAUGAUUUAGUUAUUGAGGAUGGGAAAAUUUUAGCCUUCGGUGUAGAAUUUUGGCUCAGAAUCUUGGAAAUACUGCAGUUUUGAUCCAAUCCCUCGGGUAGAUUUUCCCCCAAAAUCUAUCUGAUAUAUCCUCUAUAAGUAAUGGUAUGUCUGAUAUUGUGUAUUACCGUAUGUCGACAUUCUAUGUGUGCCAAAGUGAUGCCGCAAAUAUAGAGAUGAAACUACCGACAUCUACCACAGAAGUAAAGCACACUGGGAUGAAAUACUAUACACCACAAUGUUGGAAUGGAAUCAUAUUUUUUAUAAAUGUCAUCGCAAACAAAUUUUUUGGCUUUUCAAAUCUAAAAAAUUUUGCACUGAGUUACUUGGAAAAUCUUUAAUUAUUUAUUUUCAAGUAGUUGAAGACUAAAAUAACCAAACAGCUGGAGGAAAAAUCUCUGUUGUUUUUUUAGUUAAUGCAUUUUUAAUAUGGAACGAAAAAGGUUGACGAAGCUUAGAAAUGUAUGAUUUUUUGAGCUACAUUCUCCUAUAACAUUAUUAUUAUUGUGUAUCAAUAAAAUGUUAAUAAUUUAUUAAAUUUAA